GUUCAUGUGCGUGCGAGUGCGAUAGCAGUACGGCCGAGUGCAGCGCGACUUGCAGUAAAGCAGGAAAGUUAAAAGAAGUUGUCAAUUUACAAAGCAAGCUUCUGCUGCAGCAAAUUUACACAAAAAAAAAUUUAAAAAGCUUGUGUACUAAACAAAAAAUGGCACACAUGAAUGGUCAAGAACCAAAAACAAAUUAAAUGCGGCACAAGCAAAAUAUAAAAAAACAACAGCCCAACAACAACAACAAUAGCAAGGGAAAGAACAAGACGCUGCUGUGACGACGGCCACUCCUUUUGUGCCCGUUGUUGUCUCGUUCCAGAAAAGUAAUGUGUGCGUGCGUGUGUGUGUAAGUGUUUCGUGCGAGAGUGUUUCGUGUGUGGUGUUGUAAUUGAAAAGGAAAAAAAAUAGUUGUGAUUACUGUAUGAAAUUAAAUAGUAGUAGAAAAUUAAUUGCAUUAAGCAAGCAAGCGGAGAAGUGGGCAAUAAAAAGUGAAAAUUCUAAAAUGGCAAAGUGGAUUUCUUCUGCUAGCUGCGCCGUUGUCUGCAAAAGCUCAAGCAAACUUAACUAAAAGCGAUAAGCGAACGUACAUUAAGGCAUAGACACACACAUACAUAAAUAUAUAUAUAAAUAUAUAUCUACGUGUGCAUACGUGCGUGCGUAUGUUUUUAUGACUCACGGCUGGCCCUGUGAGUGAGUGCUAUCAACUCUGAGUGUGAGUGUGAGUGUGAGUGAGAGGCGAAGCGUUACCUACGUCAACAACAACAACAAAACAAAAGCAAGAAGAAGAAGCAGAAGAACAGCAAGCCGCGCUUGAAUAGAAAUUCCCGUUGUUGAGCGCAACAAAUCGCAUUUGAAGAAAUUUCCAACGUGUGUUUCACGCUGGAAACAAAGAAAUAGUAUUGAAUAUUGAGAGUGGAAAGCGCUAGAGCGAGUGCGAGAGAGAGAGAAAGGAACGUGACAAAGAUGAGUUUUACCAAGUGGUGGAAGAAGAAGGAGCAAAUCUCCGAGAUCAGUGGACCAACAAAUUUCCAAAGGCAUUUCCAUGUCUCACGCAACCAAGAGACGGGCGAUCUGGAAGGUCUGCCAACGCCAUGGGUCCGCCUGAUGAACACACAGAUUACUCGCGAUGAGCAGGACAAGAAUCCAGAUGCAGCAUAUCAUGCGGUCAAAUAUUACAAUUACUCGAUCAAGAAGAAGGAGCAAGAGGUGUUCAAGCCCUUCAUCACCGAGGAUGUCAUACACGAAGAGUCCAAGGAGAUCGACAAUUAUGUCAACUACAAGAACAAACACAAAUCGCAGGAUGUGGACAAAUCAUCGGAUGACGAUGGCAGCGGCAGUUCAACGGCCACCGAGACGAGCAGCAGCAGCGGUUGUGGCAGCUCGGCAGGACACAGCAACAGCAGCAGCCUCAACGAUAGUAGUCAACAGUCUGUUAUCCCGUUGGAUGCUCUCAACGAUGUGAUCAAAGAGCUGGAAUCCAAUUUGGGUCGGGAGACACUGAGACCGAUUAAGGCGGCGGGGGAUGGUGGUCUGGUGCCGCCACCUGUGCCGCCCAAGAAAUCGCCACAUCAAUUGCCGCCGAAGCCACAGAUCAAGCCAAAGCCAUCGAGCGUUAUGCCGAACAAAUUCUCACGUGAUCUCCGCUCCCUGGAUGAUGAUAAUCACAAAACGAUCAACACGGACACCAUCAUCAUUAAGGCGGCGCCGGGUGCCGGCAGUCCCGGCCACGAUGGUCACGAUGCCGAUGCGCCCGAUGAGGCGAUAUUGCGUCGCUCCAAGGAGAAGCGUGCUCAGAAAACCGAUGCCGAAAUCUACGAAGAGCUGCGCGCCAUUUGCAACCCAGACGAUCCGCGAGAACGUUACAAGACGACGCAGGAGGUGGGCAAAGGUGCAUCCGGCAUUGUUUUUAUCGCCAGCGAUAAUCAAUCGGAAUCGCAGGUCGCUGUGAAAACCAUCGAGAUGAAGAAUCAAUCGUCCAAGGAUCUCAUACUCACCGAAAUACGUGUGCUCAAGGAUUUCAAUCACAAGAAUCUGGUGAAUUUCCUGGACGCAUAUCUGCUCGAACCGGAGGACCAGCUCUGGGUGAUAAUGGAGUAUAUGGACGGUGGCCCACUGACCGAUGUCGUCACCGAAACAGUGAUGAAGGAACGCCAAAUUGCCUGCGUCUGCCGGGAGGUACUCUAUGCGAUUAGUUUCCUGCAUGCCAAGGGCAUCAUUCAUCGGGACAUCAAGUCGGACAAUGUUCUCCUCGGCAUGGAUGGAUGUGUCAAAGUGACCGACUUUGGUUUCUGUGCCAACAUCGAGGGCGAUGAGAAGCGCCAGACAAUGGUCGGCACACCGUAUUGGAUGGCACCCGAGGUCGUCACCCGCAAGAAGUACGGCAAAAAGGUGGACAUCUGGUCGAUUGGCAUCAUGGCCAUCGAAAUGAUCGACGGACAGCCGCCGUAUCUGUAUGAGACACCGCUGCGCGCCCUUUAUCUGAUCGCGGCGAAUGGACGGCCCGAUAUCAAGAGCUGGGACAAGUUGAGCCCCAGUCUGCAGGACUUCCUCGAUCGGUGUCUGCAGGUGGAGGUCGAUCGUAGGGCGACAGCUGAUGAGCUGCUCAAGCAUCCGUUCCUUGACGAUUGCAGCGAGGUCAAAGCUCUGGUGCCCAACAUCAAGGCUGCCAAGAAGGUCCUUCGACGCAAUGUAUAGUUAAUGUCCAAUCAACAUCAUCAUCACCAUCAUCAUCGGACGGCCAAAGUCCUCUAUGCGUGAUGUGAUGUGGGACGGAUCUAAAAAAACAAAAAACUUCCAAUCCAUCAUCCCAUUUCCAACUCCUUUUCCAAUAAAUUACCCCCCUUUAACCACCCACCCCACCCCUACCCACAUUUUGUGUGUAUAUUGGAUUGUAUAAAUUUGGAACUGGAACAAAAUGCUGAUUAGUUUUUCAUUAGAGUGUAUUCGGAACUACAACAACAAGCAACACACCGAUCAUAACAAAUCUUGCAACUGACAACUGUAAAUCUUCUAUCGAUCAGUCGUCUGUUCUGGCUAUAUGGCUAUAUAUAUAUAUAUAUAUAUAUAUCGCUUCGCCGGCCGAUAACAUUGUUAAUUGCACAAGGCCAACGUGACAACAACAACAAGGAGCAGAGCAUAAUGUAGAAAUUGUAGGAUAACCAGAGUGACGUCACAACAGCAGAGCCCAAUAACAGCGACGACAAGUAACAGAAACCAGAAGCAGAGAACCAAAGCAGAAGCCGAUUUGAGAAAGUUGCUUUUAUGAUAACGUUUGUUUUGGUGUUGAUUAGACGGGCGAUGAUUUGCUCGACUUGUUUGCCAACCAUUUUUAUUUAGCCUGAGACAUACGAUAUACAUACAUGCAUACAAUUACAUCCAUUAAUAAUAUAUAUAUAUAUACAUAUAUAUAUAUAGUAUAAGUAUAUAUGACUGGCUGAUUGUGCCCUGAGUGUAUAUCCAAGUGGUAUAUGCAAUACGAUUACGAUUACGAUUAUAAUUACACUUACGAUAUCUAUCGAUAAACAUACAAUAGUUUAAUUAUGUUUCAACGAACGUGUGUUGUGUUGUGCACACACACACACGCACACACAAAAUACAUGCAUAUAUAUGGUAUAAUUAUUGUAUUUGUUAAGAGACGAGACUAGAUGAUGAUAAAUGUUUACAUAGUAUAUAAAUAUACAUAAAUGUGAUUUAA